CAGUUGACUGGUAUUCGCCACAUCGAGUAGGUCUCAUCUUGGGAUUCUGAGGAUUAUCGAACUUUGAUUGUCAAGCUUACUCUUCUGAGAUCUCAUACAUCACCGUAUCUUUUAACGCUUCCAAUCUUACUUCUAAAAGAAUGCUUUUUAGUUCGGUUCUUUUCCUGGCAGUCUGGACUAGUUCGUCAUUCGCAGAGGAAUCCUCCAAUGAUGCCGCGUCUGCCAAACGAGCGCCCAUGGGAUUUCAAGGUAUGCGCGGAAAAAAGGACCUUAUUCCUACAAUCGCAGAACACAAUGAACUUUCCAAAAGAACAUUAGUGAAUUUUCAGGAUAAGGAUUCGAGCGCGUCCGAAAUUGAGGACAAUCUUCUGCACGAUGAGUUUGACAAAAGAGCACCAAAGGGAUUUCAGGGUAUGAGGGGGAAAAAGGAUUAUUUGACACCUGAUUUUGAGGACUCCUAUUUCCUUGAGGACUACAACAAAAGAGCGCCAAUGGGUUUUCAGGGUAUGAGAGGCAAGAAGGCUAUAUUAGAAGACGAAUAUUAUAAACGUGCACCUAUGGGAUUUCAAGGAAUGAGAGGGAAGAAAUCUUUGGAGGAGAUGCUGAGUGAAAUUGAAAAGAGAGCUGCGUUGGGCUUUUACGGUACUAGAGGAAAAAAAACAUAUGUUUUCGAGUAUCCACAAGAUUACGAAAAGAGACUUUUAGCAAUGGACUUCCAAGAUAUGCACAAUAAGAUAAAAGAAGAAUGGGAAAAAAGGGCUCCUAUGGGAUUUCAGGGGAUGAGAGGCAAGAAAGCAUUGUACGACGAAAUAGAAGAACUUGAGAAAAGAGCCCUUAUGGGUUUUCAAGGCAUGAGAGGCAAGAAAGACGGCUUUGAAAAUUACAUAGAUUAUUACAUAGAUGAUCCCGACAUGGAUUUCGACAAGAGGGCACCAAUGAGUUUUCAAGGGAUGAGAGGCAAGAAAGACACCGAUAAGAGAGCACCGAUGGGUUUUCAAGGUAUGCGGGGCAAGAGGAGUGUAGGACAAAGAUUUGACCCCAACAUGAAUUUUGGAUCAUUAAACGAAUAUCAAGGAAGGAGCAAUAGAAGACACAUUCUAGCCUCGUGCCAAGUCGAAAAACGAUCGCCUUUCCGAUAUUUUGAGAUGCGCGGUAAGAAAAAUCCACGAUGGGAGUUACGGGGGAUGUUUGUGGGGGUGAGAGGCAAAAAAUGGGCGAAUGCCCCGUACGAGGACAACAGCCCGUUCAUAAGGGUGCUUGAUAACACCGAGAGGAUCGGCAUGGAUGGGGAUUCGCCGACAACAUUAGAUUCACAAUAAUACAACAGCUCUUAGAAACGAUAACGCAACUGUUACGAAACGUCUCCUCCAAAUAAUUAAACCGAUAUAGCUAAAUCUAAAAACGAGGAAAAAAGAAGACGUAUCUAUCAGUUAUGAUAAUGGAUGCAGUAUAUUGUCAUUUGUUAUUUUAACAAUUUGUUAAGGCUUCGUUAUUGUAUUUUACAUAUCAUAAGUUAUUUUACAUAUUAUAAGCCGAUUUUGAUCUAGUCAAUGUGUAUGAUUUAUUAUAUAUACAUUAUUACUUAUGUUUUUAUGUUUUCAUAAAAUUCAGAAUUGCGUGCGUUGGACGCAGGUCGCAAAUCACAAGUCGCAGAUACAAUCGUAGCUGAGGACAUAAAUUCAAAGUGUACACAAUGAAUAUGGUAUAUGAAAGAAAAGUUCUUCUGUUUCGAAUGUUUCAUAAAUAGUACUCUACACGCGAAACUCUUGCUGUAAUUCCAUAUAUAACUCUCCCAUGAUAAAAUUAGAGAGAGAAAGAAAGAGAGAGAGAGAGAGAGAGAGAGAGAGAGAGAGA